AUGGCGUUCGCCAUCAUGCGCCCUAUGGCCACGCACUUGAUCUAUUCAGACUUCACCAUGACCUCUGAGGACGAGGACAAGUGCAGCGAAAGUGACGGCAGCUCCGAACAAAGUUUCUGCGGCUCAUCGGAGAAGCGCAGGAGAACAGGCCAUAAACUGGAGGGAGAAACUACGGUCAUCAAGCAGCGGAGCGCGGCCAACGCCAGAGAGCGCGGGCGGACCCAGAGCGUCAACACUGCGUUCACAGCUCUGAGAACUCUCAUUCCUACGGAGCCCGUGGACAGAAAACUGUCCAAGAUUGAGACGUUGCGUCUCGCGUCCAGCUACAUCUCUCAUCUGGCCAACGUGCUGCUGUGUGGAGACGCUGCUGACGCACAGCCGUGCCUCGGAGCGCACGAGGGGAGCGGGCCCAAGCCCAGGACCAUCUGCACUUUCUGCCUCAGCAACCAGAGGAAAGGGAUAAAGGACGGGAGAGACUGUUUAAAAAUGCGGGGACUCGCUCCGUUGCGCAGGCUCCCACGGCAGGAAGAUGUCACAGAGGCACAGGAAGAGAAACAGCACUGCCUGACCUCUGAGAAAGGCUCUCUGUGCGGCAGGCUCUGGGUCAGCGCCAGCCCUGACAUCAGCCGGGACCCAGAUGUCCACAAGCCUAAGCCUCAUGGACUGGUUGACAGCCUUCUCCAGGGGACCACAGCUCAGCCCGCUGCUUUACGGCCACCUCUGUUGAUCUCUUCCUCUGCAUGGACCCCAGAGGAGAGUUUGCACAGGAAGUAUUUGAAGAGGGAUGAAAUAGCACUGAUGACAGGACCCGCUCAUCCUGCCAGAGACUUCCAAAUGUGCUGCGUUCGCUGA